CACUAAUACGUCAUCUGAAGCCACCGGAAGUGAGAGCUCCGGCCCCGCCCACGCAGCUCAGUCCGAAUCGAGAGAAAUCCACGGCUAAAAAUACAACAGCUAACACAAGAUGAGCGGUCUGUCGCGUAGGAUUAUAAAGGAAACACACAGGUUGGUGCAGGAGCCUGUUCCUGGGAUCUCUGCUCUUCCAGAUGAAAGCAACGCACGUUACUUCCAUGUGGUCAUCGCGGGGCCUGCAGACUCUCCCUUUGAAGGAGGGACAUUUAAACUUGAACUAUUUCUUCCAGAAGAGUAUCCCAUGGCAGCUCCCAAAGUGCGAUUCAUGACCAAAAUCUACCACCCCAACGUUGACAAACUGGGAAGAAUAUGUUUAGACAUUUUGAAAGAUAAGUGGUCCCCAGCUCUUCAGAUCCGUACAGUGUUGCUAUCUAUCCAGGCUUUGUUAAGUGCUCCCAACCCAGACGACCCUCUUGCAAAUGACGUCGCAGAGGAGUGGAAAAAGAAUGAGACCCGUGCCAUUGAGACAGCUCGAACAUGGACCAGGCUCUAUGCGGGCAAGAAUGAAGUAUAAGAGGGAGUGGGAUUGAGGCGUUUGAAUGUGAUCCACACAAUGUACUCCUAUUCUGUCUACAUUUACAUUUAACGGACACAAAAAGAUAAAGUUAUUGAGUCCAAUUCUAUUUGAAAGA